CUCAACUUAGUGAGUGUUGUUUCAUCAAAAAAAAAAAUUGACUGAGAUGAGCACUUCUUCAAGCAGUGGAAUUAUGCUUCAGGACGAGAGCAACUUCCAAAAUUGGGUGGAUUCCUUUUUGGAAAAAAUAUUUUUUGAGAGAUGUGAGUGCCAUGAUGAUAUGCAAAAGAGUGAACUGAAUCGGUAUUGCAUAAGUUGUGAUGCACCAAUUUGCAGGUAUUGCAUCAUAAGUGGGGAGCACUGCAACCAUAGCAUUCUCACUAUUUACAGGCAUGUUUACCAAAAUGUUGUCCCUCUAUGUGAGAUGCAAAUGUACAUUGACUGUGACAAGAUUCAGCCCUACAAGUGCAACAAGAAAUGGGUCGUGUCUUUGACUCCUCUGCCGCAUAACGGGUCGGGUUUGCUGAUUGAGGGCGACGGGGCUUGCUACCUUUGCAAAAGGAAGCUCACUGACCAUCGCUUUCGAUUUUGCUCUAUUGCAUGCAAGGUUCAAAGUGAUAUAGGAGAAGGCAUGGUUGAGCCCUAUGUGCGAAAGCCAGAGGUUGUGCAGAACCCCAAUCGUAAGCGGGGGAGGAAGGGAGUGCCGCACCGAGCACCUUUCUUGUAG